AUGAGGCUCUACCUCCUCCCCGUCUCCACGCGGCGCACCCUCCUCUACGCCCACCGCGUCAACACCGGCGGCACCGCCCACGACGGCUCCCUCAUCGACCGCGGCGCCGCCUUCGCCGCGCGCAAGUGGGCGCAAUGGGAGAAGAUGGAGCGCGGCUGGCAGCGCAAGGUCGUCGACUACGGCAACCAGGCCUUCCGGCGCAUCCCCUUUGAGGAAUGGGGGCUCAAGUCCGUCCCGCCGCUGUCGGCCCGCCGCCGCGAGGACGAGCUGCGCGGCCGCGACCCCGUCCAGCUCGUCUUCCCGCCCGCCGCCAUCCCCGAGCACAAGGCCGAGGGCGUGGUCAGGCGGCUGGCGACGGAGAGGCAGGCGCUGCAUCGGCAGAGGCUGCUGUGGUGCUUCGUGGGGAUGCCCAUCACGGCGCCGCUGGGGCUGGUUCCUCUAGUCCCAAACAUACCCUUCUUCUAUCUCGUCUACCGCGCCUGGUCCCACUGGCGCGCCAUCAACGGCGGCAAACACAUCCAGUGGCUCCUCCAGAACAAGCUCCUCCAGCUCGCCCCCUCCAAGGAGCUCGACCAGCUCUACACCCGCGACGGCCAAGACCCGGACUUUGAGCCCUCGGGCAAGGAGCAGAUGCUCAUUACCCAGAAGCAGAUCCGCGAUUUCUCCGCGACACUCGACCUGCCCGCCGUAGAAAUUGAGCUCGAGAGGGCGAUAUGGCAGGUUGAGAGGGCGUUGGGGAAGGACGAGGAGCAACAGGCGCAACAGGCCGACAAGACGACGGCUGUAGAGGAGGAGCAGGAGAAGAAGGACAAGGAUAAGCAGUCAUAA